AAAAAGAGGGAAAGAGGCGGCAAGAAAGACCAGACUCACACUUCCAAAGAUGCAGAGGAGGCGAAUUGGAAGAAAGAGAUGAAAGGAGGUGAUUCUAAAAAGCUAGACAACAACCAGAAGAAGAAGAGCUUCGAUUAUGGUUGCUUUAUUUGCAAUGGCCCUCAUCGUGCUAGAGACUGCCCCAAGUAG